UGUGUUAAAUUCAGUACUAGGCCACCAAGAGAUAUACUAAGCUACAAUUUCCCAGUUGGAUCAUUACCUGGUAAAUACUUGCAAGAACAGUGUCCAGUAAGGAGAAAGAGAUCAACUGAUAAUAACAAAUGUUAAUUUCUAUAAAUCUCUAAUAAUAGUUACCUGAUAGCCACUUCAGAUGUCUAAGGUAAAGAGUAGUGAGACUGUGAAGGUUGUGGUUCGCUGUCGCCCGUUAAACCGGAAAGAGGCAGCUGGUGUUACCGGGACACCAGGAGGAAGGGGCGGGAUCGUAGAGAUGGAUGUACAUCGGGGUCAAGUGGUCUUACGGAACCCUCGCGCUCUGCCCGGCGAGCCGCAGAAGAAAUUUACGUUCGACUCUGUGUAUGACGCAUCGUCUAGACAACGUGACCUGUAUGAUGAGACAGUACGCCCGCUGAUCCACUCAGUCCUGGAUGGGUUUAAUGGAACCAUCUUUGCCUACGGCCAGACGGGCACCGGAAAGACCUACACCAUGCAGGGAGCGUGGCUAGAGCCAGAGAGGCGGGGCGUCAUCCCCAACGCCUUCGAAGACGUCUUCACCCAGAUCUCCCGCUCCGCCGCCGACCGCCAGUACCUGGUCAGAGCCUCUUACCUGGAGAUCUACCGAGAGGAGAUCAGGGAUCUACUGGAUCCUAACGUGCACGCCCCUCAUGUCCCCAACGUGCACACCCAGCCCCCCCACACCCUGGAGCUGAGAGAGAGCCCGGAGAGCGGGGUGUAUGUGCGUGACCUGACGUCGUGCGUGUGUAGGAGCGUGAAGGAGAUAGAGGAGCUGAUGAACUUAGGGAACCAGGUGCGCUCGGUGGGAGCGACAGAUAUGAACGAACACUCCUCCCGUUCCCACACCCUGUUCCUCAUCACGGUGGAGUGUUCCCAGACGGGGCCGGAUGGACGGCAGCACAUCAGGGUGGGCCGGCUCAACCUGGUUGACCUGGCGGGCAGCGAGCGGCAGGCUAAGACGGGCGUCCAUGGAGAACGCCUGAAGGAAGCCGCUAAGAUCAACCUGUCUCUGUCAGCGCUAGGCAACGUGAUCUCAGGCCUGGCAGACGGGCGUAGCGGCCAUGUUCCCUAUCGGGACUCGAAACUGACCCGGUUAUUACAGGACUCUCUGGGAGGGAACGCCAAGACGGUGAUGGUGGCUACACUAGGACCCGCCCCCCAACACUACGAGGAGACCCUCACCACUCUCCGCUAUGCUGACAGAGCUAAGAACAUCAAGAACCAGCCAAGAGUUAACGAAGACCCUAAAGACGCCCUGCUCAGACAGUUCCAGAAGGAGAUUGCACGGCUCCGCGCACAGCUCAGCCACAGGGAAGGGAGGGGCAAACACAGGAAGGAGGAAGGGGAGGAGGGCUGGGACGGAGAAGGGGAUGAGGAGGGAGAAGAGGAGGUGGAGAAGGAGAGGAAGCUGCAGAAGAAGAGGCUGGAGGAGGAGAAUAAGGCCAUCAGAGAAGAUGGAUCACUAUUGGCUGUGGAGAAGCAGAGGCUUCUGGGAGAGAAGGAGAUAAUGAUGGGAGAUCUGAGGAAGGAGCGAGACAGCACCGAGCAGUUGACUGCCAAGUACAAGGCAAUGGAGAGCAAGCUGCUGGUUGGAGGGAGGAACAUCAUGGAUCACACCAGCAAACAGCAGAAGACCCUGGAGACACGCAGACAGGAGAUCGCUGAGCAGAGUCGUAGAGAGAGGGAGAUUCUGCAGCAGCUGAUGGUUCAGGAUGAAGAGACUCUAGAACUCAGAGAAACAUUCUCCUCCCUGCAACAGGAGGUGGAGGCCAAGACCAAGAAGCUCAAGAAGAGUCGUAGAGAGAGGGAGAUUCUGCAGCAGCUGAUGGUUCAGGAUGAAGAGACUCUAGAACUCAGAGAAACAUUCUCCUCCCUGCAACAGGAGGUGGAGGCCAAGACCAAGAAGCUCAAGAAGCUCUAUGCUAAGCUGCAGUGUGUGAAGGCUGAGAUCCAGGAUGUUAAUGAUGAGCACGUCAGGAGUCGACAGGAGCUGGAGCAGACGCAGAACCAACUCACCAGAGAACUCAAGUUCAAGUAAGUCCAACACACACGCACACAAAAACACACACAAAAACACACGCACGCACACACACACACACACACACACACACACACAAAAACACCCCCACACACAAACACAAGCACACACAUAUGAUGUGAUUACAGUCAGCUAUUGUUCAAAAGUAUAUAUUCUCUUUCCGGUGUGUGUGUGUAUUUGUGUGUGUGUGUAUUUGUGUGUGUGUAUAUAAGU